UUACAUACACCGCGUCUCAUCCUACUGCAUCUUCAUCAUCAUCGUCUUGUCUUCGCGAAAAGCCACCUUUUGCGCGAAUCUCUAGUGAAGAAACCUCCGUACCACGCGACAUUGACCACCUCCACCAUCAGGCCUGUUAUUCAUCUCCCCUCUCCUCCAUUUCUUGCUCGUCUUCUUCAGUCUCUUCUUGUUCCUCUUGCUCAUCCUAUCUCUCUGCUCUACCUAUCUUUUUGCUCGUCCUAUCUUUUUUCUCUUCCUAUCUCUCGCAGCUCUCUCUUGGCCUUACCCUGCCCUCCUCUUCGCCAAGCUGCCAGUACACGCACUUACCUGCUGAACGCGAGAUCGCGAUCGUCCAGUGCGUAGAAGCCUCGCUUUCCUUGAUAUUUGUGAAGGAUACUCGGAUCCCGAGGGUGGGACAGUUGAGAGAACAUCGUUGAGUGCGGUCCCACUGUUUGUACACCUGAUUCGGACACCUGUGUUGCCACCGAGUUGGUUUCAUCGCAGCGACGGGAACAGUGGUGCCAAACAUCGAAAGUUUAUCGUGCACGCUGCUCGUUAUCCCCACCACGUGAUAUAGUCUCUUCGACAUCUGUCAUUGGUCGCCGCUCCUCACAACAACUGUCUCCCACCAUUCAUCAUCAAUUCGAUCUUUGUUAUCUUUUGGAAAUUAGCUUCCUUCCGAAUUGAAGAUCCAAAUCCGUUGAUAUAUUCCCUCAUCCAGAAAGGAGUCGUCAUGGAUGCCCGCGAAAGUUAAACAGCGGCUCUACGUCCCAUAUUUUUGGCGACAUUUCAUAUUCUCGGAGCAGAUCUGCGACACAUAUUCAGAACCAGCGUCACUCAUACGCACGUACACUGACGUGGAUUUACCCUUACUGACGCCGCCGUUGCGCAAGCAGGUAUUCGGAAAUAGCCCGGGUCGCAGUUAUGAAUUGAUAGCAAACACAUGGUGGACACGCGAUACCGAAGCUGUGCGUUGUAAGUCGUGUGGGUCUGCUGAUCCGGCUUCUUACUAUGGGAUAAACUAAAAACGAGCACCUCUGGUGCCACCUGACCUUGACAGGUUUAUGACUGUCGAUCGUUUCAACAUGAGGACAUCAUAUCUAUCAAGAUGAGCUGAUUUUUGUGCACAAUAAAAGCACGUGUACUUGGCAGUUUGUUCUGUUGCUGCAGCAUGGAUUAUAGGAAUUGCAGGUUAUAAUACAAAUUCUAGUGACAGCAGUGGUGGUAAAUCAAGUAAUCGGAAUACGAGUCAAGAGUUUCGGAGAUGAUGUUUCGACAGUUUCGUGUCAACAGUGAUGAAUUCAUGUGAACUAUAGACAGUGAGGUCAGUGGGUGGCAGUGAAUGUUGACAUCAUUCAUGAAUAGUGACCACUCAAGAACAGCCCCAAUGUACGUCGAUUACGGCGGCGAAACUCACACCGGAAUGGGAAUCAAGUCUAUGAAGUCUUCUGGCCGACCCAAAGAUAUCCCGACGCAAGUGCCGCCUCUUACACCUGGGACAAACAAAAAGAUGACAGAGGCCUUAAAGGCCUCAUUCGCUUCUUGGGAAAAAGAACAAAUUCGCCUCAACAUAACCAAAGAUCCGAGGCAAUGGUCGGAAACAGCUGUCAUGCACUGGCUGGACUGGGCCAUCAGGGAAUUUUCGUUAGCGGGUGUGGCGAUGCAGCCCUGGCAACACAUGACUGGAAAACAGAUUUGUGCCAUGGGGAAGGAAUCCUUUCUGGCACGUGCUCCUGCCUUCAUGGGGGACAUCCUGUGGGAGCACCUCGAGAUGCUUCAAAAAGACGUCGACGUAGAAAAGGCGUCUUUGGAAAAUGUGCCUGCCAAUUUGUACGAGAGUGUCUGUGUCCCAGAUUUAGGGGACUUCUUAGGAUACCAGAGUGCAACCAAUUCAGUUGCCACACCAGAACACAAAAGUCCAGCGACUCCGGCCAGUUCCACGACUUCGAACUCUUCGGGUCCGCAAAACUCAUCCCAGACUGCUGCACCUGCUGCAUCCAUCAUCCCUCUGCCACCGAGGCAGUUUCACAACGACGGAGGUUACAACCACCUUCGUAGUCCAGUGUGCCAGGAUGACAGUCAAAGAGAAAAUUCUCCACCCCCUCACAAUCAUAGCAAUCAACCUCCAAAUAAUUCUCACUCAUCCACCCCUAGCAGCAACUCGAACAACAAUAACAAUAAUAACAACCCCAAUACGAACAGCGCCUACAUCCACUUACGAAAUUUAAAUCAGCUCAAAACGGAAUCAAACUACAGCAAUCACCACAUAACGGAACACUUACAAGGUGGAGGGGGAGGAUUGGCAAGUGGCGGCGACCUCGGAUCGGGUGGCAACGAGGUCGACCUCCGGGUCAGCAACGCAACCACCGAUAGCUACAUGACCCCGGCACACUAUUCCGGUUAUGAUGAGGCCUCGGAAUAUCACAAUUUGCCGCAGGAUCAUCAGCCUCCUCAUCCCUACAACCUCGAUGGAUCUCCAGAAUUCUACAGUGCCAGUGGCAUUCAGCUGGAGCCAAAGUACCAGCCUCCUGCCUUCAAAAACUACUCGCGAGGUCGUUAUCAUGAAGGGUAUAGCGAAGGUUACGGCCAGUACGAUGGAUCGUCCUUCCAGACGGUACCAGGAAGCGGAAGUGGGACUGGAGGCGGUGGUGGUGGUGGUGGUGGAGUUGGCGGAGGAGAACAAUGGGGAUCGAUGGGUCCUCUGAGCGAGCACCUUCAGCACCAUCCCGCGUUCCUAGCUGGGCUAGGACCUCGGGAUUCCUCGAAUCCUCAUCAUCCCUCAGCCAUUGGCAACAAUUCCGACCAGAAGCCGCUUCUUCAGAGCUCAAUGCUCGCUGGUUACACAGGAAGUGGUCCGUGUUUCACGGGCUCUGGUCCCAUUCAGCUGUGGCAGUUUCUACUGGAACUUCUGACAGACAAGUCUUGUCAGGGUUUCAUAUCGUGGACCGGCGAUGGAUGGGAAUUCAAACUCACAGAUCCGGACGAAGUAGCUCGUCGAUGGGGAAUUCGGAAAAAUAAGCCCAAGAUGAACUACGAGAAACUCAGUCGUGGUUUACGAUAUUACUACGACAAGAAUAUUAUACAUAAGACCGCCGGCAAGCGAUACGUCUAUCGCUUUGUUUGCGACUUGCAGAGUCUCCUAGGAUACAGUCCCGAAGAAUUGCAUGCAAUGGUGGACUUGAAGCCUGAGAAGAAGGAAGAAGACUGAGAAAUGGUUGGUGAACGUGCACGUUUCACGUUUAAGAUGAACUGUGUCAGUGACGAUCGACUACUAUCCCAAUCUUCGGUAUCUAAAGAACAAAAAGAAAGUGAAAAAAAGUGACAAAAAAGUUUGUAAAGUGGUUACGCGCGCAAGAGAGAAAAAUAGAGAAAGAGAGAGAGAGAGAGAGAAGCGACAUUUAAAACUGGCUAGCUGGAGAGCAGCAGUUGAGCAGUUGAGCAGUUAAAAAGCCGCAGUAGUUGAGCGUCUUUGUUGAAACACACAUUGAAAAUGAAUCGGUCGUAUGUACCAAAGACAGGGUCCGCAUACCAUUGGUGCCUAAAAAAUUGUAACGACUAAAUUGUGAAUUUGUUCUUAAGUGAUUAUUUGCCACACAAGAUUUUAGAGGAUAUUUAUAGGAAUAACUCGACAAUUUAUACAUAUUAUAUAUAUAUUAUACAUAUAUAUUUUUAAUGUUACGUGAUUUCUAAGCACCGUGGCAUCGAAUCAUCGACGAUGCAUCUAAAUUAUUUAUGUCGCAUCAGUUUAACAUGAGUGUUGUUAUAUCUCGUUGAUAGAUGACACGAUAUGUGAUUGUUAUUUA